UUGUUACUUCAGUUGGCAGAUAUCAGCUUUUGCUCCAAUACGUCUAAACAGUCGGAAGAAUACAUUGAAAAAUGCAGUACUGGAAUUUAUUGGGAAACUACAAGAGGAUUUUUCUAUAACUCAUACUUUUAAUCAUCCACCAUCUGUAACAGAACGCACUAAGCCACUCUUAUGAUGGAUUCCCAACAACUCUCCCUGCUGUCCUCCUUGAAGGAAGAGUUGAAGCCUGAAGAUUACAUUCAGCCCCACUAUAAGGAGGCAUAUCGCCUUGCCAUUGAUUCCCUGGUGAAUGACGGCAGAGAGAGCUACCAGGAGUUCCUCAAGUCCGAGCGGAUAGGGAGCUUCCUCUCAGAAGAUGAACUCCACUUCAUCACUACAAACGCCUCACAGCCAUUGCCUAGCAACCACGCAGAAGAAAUUGAUGGCCCAGCUCCGGACGCUGCGGCCAGCAAGUCUUCAACUGGAACGUACUGGCCUGUGGACUCUGACAUAGCAACACCUGACUUGGAGUUAGGGUGGCCGGAGGUCAUGCCUGAUAGACUGCAAACCAAUAUAAAUCUGUUCUUCCAUCCACCCAGACUAAACAGACCCACCAUCAAAGAGGUGAUCCGGAAACACAUUCAGGAUGCCAGACAGGUUAUUGCAAUUGUAAUGGACAUUUUUACAGAUGUGGAUAUAUUCAAAGAGGUGGUUGAUGCCUCCACCAGAGGAAUUCCAGUGUAUGUGCUUCUGGAUGAAUUUCAUCUGCAAAGCUUUCUCUUAAUGGUUGAGAAUCAAGACAUCCAAAUCCCAAAACUUAGGAACAUGAGAGUACGGACAGUGAAGGGUCAGGAUUACCUCUGUCGUUCAGGAGCUACAUUUCAUGGAGCAAUGGAGCAGAAGUUUCUGUUGGUGGACUGCCAAACAGUGGUGUAUGGAUCAUACAGCUUCAUGUGGUCCUAUGAGAAAAUCAACCUGAGUAUGGUGCAGGUCAUAACAGGCCAGCUGGUGGAGUCCUAUGACGAGGAGUUUAGAACGCUCUUCGCCCGUUCCUUCGUGCCAGCAGUUCUCACCCCUCCCGAGACCGUGCUACUAGAACGGAAUGGAAGACAUGCUCGGGCAAAGUAUGCUUCUGAAUCCAGACAAGCCUUUGAGAGGAAGGACCAGUUGAGACAUACCCUGGACACAGUGUACAGGAAAGCCUGUGAGAGACAGAUGGGCAUGACGAGCCAUAUCGGAGAGAUGGAGGAGAGACUUUAUGACAAGGAGCCAUUUGAACACAGACCCAUGAUAAAUCACGGCGAGAGUGUUCAAAACCGCAUCCAUCAGUUCCAGUCUGCAGAGACUGUGAACUUCCUGAAAAGGCACAGUUAUGCUGGGGAGAGACAAGAAGUCCCAUAUGUUCCACACAACACAAGGUAUGGGGCAAGCAACUGGAACGUGGCUGGAGAUGGAGGUAAUCACUGUGCUCCUGGAAGAAGCCACUUUUCCAAUGCUUUGGAAGACCAUUCUCAGGGGGCACAGAUAAUCAGAGGUCGCAAUUUUCGCCAGUCCUACCACGGGAAUGACAAACAAGUCCGCUCUAUGCAGCAGAACAUGCCGACUUUGAAGAACACAGCUAAGUCCUUCUUGCGCACAUAUAGGAUUGAGUCUUACCUCAAUAACACUGAUGAUCCUAUUGGGGAAUCCUGUGACUAUCUGGAUCAGUAUGAAGCACAGGAAAACAAAACUAGCUCAUUGAUUCCUUCCAGACUUAGGUCAUCCCUUGUUUUCAAGUCCACUAUUCCAGAGAAACCGGAGACAAACAGUCACUCAAACAACUCUUCCUCUUCCAUACGUCAGGUCGACCCCUCUGCAAAGCCAAAUAAUGCACCGUAUUACUCUUCAAUGCAAUUGCAAUGGAAUCCAGCAACAUCGAUGGAAAACAGAAUGAGACAAGAUGAAUACAUAAUGAAAAGGCGGAGUCUGCAGAUUUUGGAUGAUCCUAGGAAUAACAUUGGCUAUGGCCCAGGAAGAGACCCAUAUCAGUCGGUCUAUGCCUGCCUGGGAAGAACCAAAGAGGGACUGGUAAUGAAAACCCCUGAGCUCCUUCAAGAUAACUGGCACAAAAGACACAGUGUGGCAGACUCAAAGACCAACAGUGACUACAGAGUCAAUAAAGAGUCCUCCAGUCACAUGUACGGUAGGGCCUUUGGGAGGAGUCAGCCAGAUGGUGGUGGAAUAAGAUUGGGUGCACAGAAUGGAGGAUAUUCUUCAAAUUUGAACAAGGAUCAGAGAUCUGUCUCUCAUUAUGACGUCAAAAACGUUGUGGACACAAAGCCUCCCUACAGAACUGUGUCUGCAGCAGCCAUUGAUAUGAACAGCAAAGAGCCUACCUCCAGAACUGUGUCUGCAGCAGCCCUUGAUAUGAACAGCAAAGAGCCUACCUCCAGAACUGUGUCUGCAGCAGCCCUUGAUAUGAACAGCAAAGAGCCCACUUACAAGUCCACCAGCACGGCAUUGGGUUCACCACAUUUCCUCAAGAAGAGCACCAAGCAAAUCAGAUCAUUGCUCAAAAUACCGGAGAAAAAAGGGGGUUCCCCUAAAAGGGGUGGUAGCUCAGACACCAUAGUCACUGACGAAGAGGUACAAAGACCAGAGAGAGAGGGGAAGGUUGCAUCACAGAGUAGCAUGCUCCAGAUGGACAAGAAUCACUGUGCAGAUGAUAUAGGGUUAUCCUCAACCCCUCGUUUUAGCACUGAAGAGCUGCACCAAAAUCUUCCUGACAGAACUAAAUCCAUGGGGACACAGGGGCAGCAUACUUCCAUUGAUAAAACGCAUGAAAGAGCAAGGCUUGCGUCAGGAAAUUGGCGUAGCGAUCGGGGUGGCGAUAGUCGUUUGUAUAGCAGAUUUGAGCCUUUCUGUUCAUUGGAGAAGGAGCGACCCCAUUCCUCACAAUCUGCAACAGGCCCUGCCCCCAUACACUCCCCAGAGAGGACCAAGAGCAUGUACUCUGCUAAAAGUAGCUUCACCAAUGAACAACACAACCACACUGGCCAGCAGACAUAUAGCCACCAUGAAAACAAACUGGGCAAAUUCAUACAAAGAGUGGGGCAUUUCAUUCACAAAAAUAAGUAGUAGAAAAGAAAGUUAGCAUAAUACAACAUGGAUUACUGGUCAAAUUUACAAAAGCUUUCAAGGGCCCAAUCAAAUGGUAGGCAGAGUGGAAACAGUGUACUGCGCUAUUUAACUUGAAAACUGGUUACAUGAAGAGAUUACAUCCUUUUAGGACUCUUUAAGGCAAUUACAAACAGAUUUUUACUUGA